AAAAAAUGUAAUUAGCUUGAUUAUAAUUUAAAAACCUACAAACCACUAAAUUUUUCUGAAACGGAAUUACAAUUAGACCAUUGACAUCAUAACAUUACAGUUAAAAACUUUGAAGUUUGGCAUCAUAUAAAAAAUGGCGGAUUCCCUUGAAAAUGAAUCCGUAGCUGCUCUGUUGAGCAUGAAAAGCCAAGCUAGGCAUAUCCCCACAGCUCCUUCACCUGUUCCUGCAAGAAGAGAUUGUUCACCUAGAAUCCGAAAACGUAAUCGAUUGAUAUAUAACGAUCAUGAAGAUACGUCUUACACUCUCUCAAGAUCGUCGCCUAGGAAAACAGUCCGAGUCUCAUCUCCAGUACCUUCAACACCUCCACAACAAUUACCUGACAAGCGUGUUGCUCAAAAAGUGGGUCUAAAACUUCGAAAUCUCUUAAAGUUACCGAAAGCUCAUAGAUUUUUAUGUUGUGAAUGGUUUUAUUCCAACAUAGAUCAACCUCUCUUUAAAGAUAGCGAUUAUUACAGUUGUUUGCAAGAGAAUUUUCCCAACUUAAAAACUCGCAACAUGACUCGUGUUGAGUGGUGCAAGAUACGAAGAUUCCUUGGAAAGCCUCGGAGAUGCUCCCCAAGCUUUUUUGCUGAAGAAAGAAAAUCAUUGGAAUUAAAGAGAAGUAAAAUUCGACAACUCCAGCUGCGAAAAAAUGUUGAUUUGGCACUGUUCAAAGAUCUUCCAUCUGAAAUACCUCUACCUCUUGUGAUUGGAACAAAAGCAACUGCAAGAGUUCGCAGUCCACAAGAUGGACUUUUCUAUGGUUCCAUAGAUGCUGUAGAUACUUCCAACUCUACUUAUCGCAUAACAUUUGAUAGGCCAGGACUAGGCACCUUUUCUAUCCCAGAUUUUGAGGUUCUCAGUAAUGAUCCACCUGAUAUGAUGCCUAUCAAAGCAUUUGCUCAAAAAUCUCGUCCAAGAAACUUGUUAUAUUCAUCUCCUCGCUUCGUCCCAAUUUCUCCUUGGUCGCAGUCUGAUACAGAUCCACUUUUAGGAGAAUCUUCAAACAAAGAAGAUGUUUCUUUUGUUGAGGAUGGAACAUUAGGGGGCUUUCCUAAAAAGUUUCUCGCUCUGUUGGUGCGGCUAACAAAAAUAUUGGCUGUGAAGAAAAAAAAUUUGACUUUAUUGAAGGAUAUGCAUACUGAAGCUGAACGAAGUCUAUCUCGAGGUCAACCCAUGACUUUUGACUUUCAGAAAUCUUACGCGUCUCUUGUUUUGGAAUUUGAGCGUCUAAAUAAAGAUCUCUGUGAGUAUCUAAAUAAUGUACACACUUUCUGUCAAGAGAUAGCUCCUGAACAGGGGUUGCAACCUGUAUUACAGCCAAGUACCAUUAAAGAUCAAUGCUUUAAAGAAGCAUUGGAUUAUAUUGAGCAAAAGAGCCUUCUAGAAGACUUUCCUGUUGUGAAGAACCAAAAUAUAUUGAUGCUUAUUGCUCAACUAUCUUCUCUUAUGUCCCAGUUAAAACACCUCUCUACCAGUGAAUAUAACUCAUUUGAGUUCAAAUCUCUUUCAGAAACAUUAACUGAAAUACAAUCUAGACUAAAGAAGCAAAAUGUUCCAGUUUUUAAAAAUGAGGUUGAAAUACAUAUCAAUCAUAUACGAGAUGGUAUUAGUCAAAUGGGCAGUUUGCAUGCUUUUGCUUCUCAGAAUACGUAAAUCUAUUAAUGAUAUAAAAUAGUUAUAAAUAAAUACAUAUAUUUUAUCUUUUGAAAGGCUGAACUGAGCUCUUCAAAUUUUAUAUAUUUAACUUAAUAUAUAUGAAUUUUUAUUGUUUGCAUAUAGAUAACAUUCAAAUGGGAUUGAAUGUAUUUUAGCUUUAAGCAUGUAUAAAUAUUUAUUAUGUUCUUAUUCUGUAAUUGACCUUAUAACGUCUUGUUUUACCAUUAACUUAUUAGGUAUUUAAGGUGUGUCAAGCCAAUUGCAAUGUUUUUAGCUGAUAUUUUUCAUUGUUCAAAAUGUAUUUAUUUUAUAUGUUUGAAAUUAAGAUUAAAAUCUUUUUUGGAAAACA